CGGAGGCGUUACUGACACACAAACAUUAGUGUAACAGAGAAGGUGUGCGUAUGUAUUGCAACUGCUGAGGAGUGAAGUUGGCUGUCAGCACAUUCUUACUUCACAGACUGGACUGAACAGACAUAGGAGAACUAAACAUCUAGAUCCACAAGACAGAGGGAUCCAAAUUCGAAAAUGGACCAUUUUGACAGUAAUUCAUCCAAACCAGGGUUUGUUGUGGCUGACUACGGCAUCUUUGCUGCCAUGUUGUCCAUUUCCAUGGGAAUCGGGCUUUUCCAAGCUCUGAAGAAACAACAAAGAGAUGCAACUGCAGAUGCCUUCUUCACCGGGGGUCGGAGCAUGCCAGCUGUGCCUGUUGGCAUGUCGCUCUGUGCCAGCUUCAUGUCAGCUGUCCAAGUUCUGGGUGUUCCCUCUGAGGGGUUUCGCUUUGGCUUUAAAUUCCUCUACAUGUGCCUCGGACAAAGCAUCAACUCGCUGCUGACAGCCUACCUGUUCCUGCCAGUUUUCUUUCGACUGGGCAUCACCAGCACUAACCAGUAUCUAAAGAUGAGGUUUGGCCGAGGGAUGCAGCUGCUAGGAAGCGUCCAGUUUCUUCUUGCAACAAUGCUUUACACUGGGAUUGUAAUCUAUGCACCAGCUUUGAUCUUAAAUCAAGCCACUGGACUCAGUAUCUGGGUGUCUCUCUUUUCCACGGGGAUCAUUUGCACCAUAUACACCACACUGGGUGGCAUGAGGGCUGUGAUCUGGACUGAUGUAUUCCAGAUUGUUGUCAUGUUGUUAGGUUUUGUAGCAGUUUUCAUCUAUGGCACAAUUCUGGUUGGUGGUCCUGCACAAGUACUGGAGAUUGCCAGCAAUGGAUCACGCAUUAAUUUCAAUGAUUUUGACGUCGACCCACGGAAACGUUACACCUUCUGGAGCCUCACAGUUGGGGGUUCCUUGGUUUGGUUGUCCAUGUACGGGGUAAACCAAGCACAAGUUCAGCGCUACAUCUCCUGCCGAUCAGAGAGAGAGGCCCAGUGGGCUCUGUUUGUGAAUCAGAUUGGUCUGUGCCUAAUUGUGAGCAGCGCAGCAACCUGCGGCAUCGUCAUGUUUGCUUAUUACAACCUCUGCGACCCGCUGAAAUCUGGGAGGAUUUCUGCACCUGAUUUGUACAUGCCAUUCUUCGUGUUGGAUAUAUUCAGAAAUCAGCCAGGCUUCCCAGGUAUUUUCCUUGCCUGUGCAUACAGUGGGACUCUCAGCACAGCCUCCACGAGUAUCAAUGCCAUGGCUGCAGUGACCAUGGAGGAUCUGCUGAGACCUCAUCUGCUCCACAUGACGCAGAAGAAGCUGAUCCUUGUUUCCAAAGGACUGUCAUUCCUGUAUGGAGCUGGAUGUAUCACUGUAGCAGCUCUUUCCUCCUUCCUGGACUGGGGAGUUCUUCAGGGUUCGUUCACUGUCAUGGGUGUGGUCAGCGGUCCAGUUCUAGGCGUAUUCAUUUUGGGAAUGUUUGUCCCAGCAACAAAUAGACUGGGAGCGUACUCUGGGAUAUUGGUGGGAUUCUGUGUCUCUCUGUGGCUGGCUGUGGGUUCAACUCUUCACCCACCUAAUGAGAGGACAAUGGGUGUUCUUCCCAGCUUCACAGAGGGCUGCAGCCCUGCUAAUGGCACAUUGAGCAGCAGCUCAACCCCAGACGAGCUCUCCAUCUUGACCCCACUUCAUCCUAAUGACCAAGGCGGCCUCCUUAACUUCUACUCCAUAUCUUACCUCUAUUUCGGAGCCAUGGCCACCAGUUCAGUCAUACUGGUGGGGCUGAUAGUGAGCUAUGCAACAGGGCCAACAAAGAGGAAUCAAAUUAAAGAGGGCUUGUUGUGGUGUGACUUAAAUAAAAAGAAGAUGGAGAUCUCAUCAGAAAGCACGAGCAAUAUGAUAUCCAGGAUGUUCCCCUGCUUCGUCCACAAUCCAUGCUGGGAAACACAACAGACACCUGCAGGUCACAUAAGAAAUAACCAGCAGGACAAGUUACCAGAUAACCCACAGGUGUUUCCUUUGAAGAACCUGCCUAGAGAUGAUGGUGUGCUGUAAGUUUUUUUACUUACAGCACACUUACAGGAAGUAGUUGUUAAAAUGGCAUUAACCCUCAAACUACUCUUAACAAAUCCUAUGGCCAUUUCAUCCGUAGUAGCACUAAUAACCGUCUGUUCUGUAUUUUGGUUCUGCUUUUUGAAAUGUUUUUUUAAUCUUGUUAUUUGAAGGUUCAAAAUCCUGACAGGCAUUCAGUUACAAGUAUGUCUUCAUUAUUCUUUCAAAGAGUCAUAAAUACAGAUGAUGUUCAGUACAGUAAGGUGUGCUGAAAGAUGGUUUCAUUUCCUGGUAUGUGCCCUUUCUGGAAAGAUGUGCACCUGGACUGUUUCAAUAGAAGCAUGACUGGAAGCAGAAACAACAGAUUCAGUCUUUGGUUAUAUUAGCAGUAAUUCAGUGAUGGUUUCUUUAUAUCAUGCUGCGUCAUCAGGUCUGUUCUUUUCUUUUUGAUUCUUGUUGUUGAACAUUAAAUGAGUCACAGCUUUUAUGUUUAUAUUAGAAAAAAAUAAAUUACAAAUGAACAAUAAGGUUAAAAAUGACAAACACAAAGUUCAGGGCCUUAAAGGAUAUGACUACUACAUGUUUACUUUGUAUGAACUUACCAUGUAUUUACAAAGUGACUGUGUAAAUCUUCCUGAUUUGUGAAAAUGCCAUGUUGUGUUUUCUUACUAUACUUUAAAUUUCAAAUGUUGCUACACUGAGAACGUAGAUCUAACAAAUCUUUGCUAAGCAGCUCUCAACAUAACAAAUUAUACAAAUUCUCUGUUUUAGGUUUGUUACAUGAUAAACUGCCUUACCAAGAAUAAAUAACAUAUAUUCCUCUGUACAAAUAUCUGUUAUGCCUUAAAAUCCAUCCAUCAGUUUCUUAUACUCAUGUUAAAUAUUGUCUGUGUACUGGAAAUUGUUACUGAUGGUUUUUGUGGUGUUAUGUGUAGACUUGUGGGGCAAUAAAAGUAACAAAAUAAGGUG